AGAUCCGUUCCACCCUGGCGUCCGCUGACGGCGUCUUUUUCCCGAAAAAAUUUCAAGUAGUCGAAACCGAAUUCCGUAGAAACAACUCGCACGCUCCGGUUUCGUGUUGCAACAAAAUAAGCAUUCCCAUCGCGGCCGUUAAAAUCACAGAGUGCCCAGAGCCACAUUCGCAAGCAAGCGCAGUUAGCAAGCAGCAGAAAAAUCGAUUGAACAGAAAUGGCUGGCGGUAAAGCAGGCAAGGAUUCUGGCAAGGCUAAGGCGAAGGCGGUAUCGCGUUCCGCGCGCGCGGGUCUUCAGUUCCCCGUGGGUCGCAUCCAUCGUCAUCUCAAGAGCCGCACUACGUCACACGGACGUGUCGGAGCCACUGCUGCCGUGUACUCCGCUGCCAUAUUGGAAUACCUGACCGCCGAGGUACUGGAGUUGGCAGGCAACGCAUCGAAGGACUUGAAAGUGAAACGUAUCACUCCGCGCCACUUACAGCUCGCCAUUCGCGGAGACGAGGAGCUGGACAGCCUGAUCAAGGCAACCAUCGCUGGUGGCGGUGUCAUUCCGCACAUACACAAGUCGCUGAUCGGCAAGAAGGAGGAAACGGUGCAGGAUCCGCAGCGGAAGGGCAACGUCAUCCUGUCGCAGGCCUACUAAGCCUGUCGGCAAUCGGACGCCUUCGGAACAUGCAACACUAAUGUUUAAUUCAGAUUUCAGCAGAGACAAGCUAACACACCGACGAGUUGUAAUCAUUUCUGUGCGCCAGCAUAUAUUUCUUAAACACAACGUAAUACAUAAUUAUGUAAUUCUAGCAUCUCCCCAACACUCACAAGCAUACAACAUACAAACAAAAAAUACAAACACACAAAACGUAUUUACCCGCACGCAUCCUUGGCGAGGUUGAGUAUGAAACAAAAACAAAACUUAAUUUAGAGCAAAGUAAUUACACGAAUAAAUUUAAUAAAAACUAUAAUAAAAACGCCAA